AUGGCAGUGGAUGCUGUUUCUUCUCCAUGUUGCAAUACAUCAAGAUCAAGAAUAGAACAACUUCCUGAUGAUGUGUUGUUGGAGAUCUUUUAUCGACUCCCUUGCCGAUCGGCUGUAGGAUGCAGUUCCGUCUCAAAGCGCUGGUGUUCUCUUAUUUCUCAUCCUAAUUUUAUUCCCCACUACAUUAACCACAGGCACCAAUACCAAUACAUAGAACCCUUCACUCUUGUGUUUCAGAACGGCGACGAUCUCGUGGUUCUUCCAUCCGAUAAUUCUAGUUCUGAGUCCUUCGAGGACUUUGGACGCAGUGGCGGCUAUGGCAGAGUAGUCGAUUUUCUCAACUUUCUUCCCUAUAGACAACCAUACAAUGAUCUUCGCAUUGAGGCAUCGUUCAAGGACUUAUUACUGGUACGCAGCGAAGUUUCGACAAACUGCGACUACUUCAUCUGCAAUCCACUUACCGAACAAUGGCUCAAGCUUCCUCGGCUUCCACCCACGAUGUCGAUAUGGCCUCCAUCCCAAUACACUUUGGUCGGCUUUAUUUGCGAACCCUUUACACAUAGUUGUAAGGUGGUACGUAUUCAUUGCCCCACUAGAGAAGCCAAUAAUAUUACUCUCUUACGAGUGGAGACAUUUUCUUCUGAGACUGGUGAAUGGAGCAACUCGUUUGUUUUGUCGCCGCAGGGAUUGAAUCCCUUCUCAUUUGUGUCAAAGCUACAUCGUGUUAUUGCCUGCAAUGGAAUGCUGCAUUUGGUGCAAGUGGAUAGUGGAGAUGGACGUGGAACGAUGAAAGGCAUCCUUGUGUUCGAUCCACAAGGAGGCCACCUCCGUUAUAUAAGUCUACCCGUCUCGCCUCGAGGCUAUGUCAUCUCCUUUGGAGUGUUCCAAGGGCGUCUCCGGCUAUUCCAACGUUCCCUAAACCUGCGCAUUCCUGACCGCGAAUUGGGAUAUCGUUAUUUUAGUUUUUGUGCCAGCGACGCUUGCAAUUUUUCCGUUUGGGAACUUGAGGAUUACGCUGAUGCAGGUACAUGGUCCUUGAAGCACGAAGUUUACUUCAAGGACAUGCUUUCAGAAUGUUCUACUUUCAUUAAGAUGGUGGCGCGCAGAGAGCCUGUGGUGUUCAUAGCCUUCCACCAAAAUGAUGGUGAUAUUGUCUUCUUAAACUUCGGCGAUGACAUCCUCUCGUGCAACUUGAGGACGAGGGUCUGUACCUUAGUUCGCGGCAUUGUGUCGUCUAUGCAUAAGUCGUCUGUAUUCGUACUUGGCCAACCAUCGUGGCCAACACCAGUUCAUCCACUCCCAUUGAAGUUUGAAAGCCCUCCUCCUCCUCCCGAUUGUUAG